AAGAAUCGAGUAAAUUAGCGAUAGGGGUAAACAUGAUGGGUCUUAUAUAUAAUAAAUCUCAAAAUUCAUCAAAGAAAAGAAAAAGAAGGAUGGAGGAGGCCAACAAGGUGAGUUGGCUGAAGAAGAAAACGAACCUUGUAAAUUAGCGAUAGAGAUAAAAAUGACGGUUAUCUAUAAUAAAUUUCAAAUUUGAUUUUGAGUUUUUUUUUCCUUUAAAUUCUUUUAUCUUAAUCAGUAAGGGUAAAAAGAAACAUUUUAAAUACAGUUAACAAGAUAACUUAACGUUCAUCUACUCUAACAACCUCUACGUUAAGGUUUUAAAUCAAUAAGAACCACACAUGUAAUUUUUCAAAGUUUAUGACUAAACAUGUAAUAUAAACAUAACAUAGGUACCAUUUGAGCAAUUAACUCUAAUUCACUUCCAAAAGUUGAAUACAAUUUCAAAAUUCAAAUCAAAAUAUCCUGAUCCCAUAUAAAACGCCAGCACACACACUCACACUCACACCUUCUCUCCAGAUCCUCAUCCAAACCCUAACCACUCUCCUUCCAAAAUGCGUGAAAUCCUCCACAUCCAGGGCGGCCAAUGCGGCAACCAGAUCGGAGCCAAGUUCUGGGAGGUCGUGUGCGCCGAGCACGGCAUCGACGUCACCGGCAAGUACACCGGCGACUCCGAGCUCCAGCUGGAGCGUAUCAACGUCUACUACAACGAAGCCAGCGGCGGAAGGUUCGUUCCACGCGCCGUCCUCAUGGAUCUGGAGCCUGGAACCAUGGACAGCCUCAGAUCUGGUGCGUACGGUCAGAUCUUCCGGCCUGAUAACUUUGUUUUCGGUCAGAGUGGUGCCGGUAAUAAUUGGGCGAAAGGACACUAUACUGAAGGCGCUGAGUUGAUUGAUUCGGUUUUGGAUGUUGUUAGGAAGGAAGCGGAGAAUUGUGAUUGCUUGCAAGGUUUUCAGGUGUGCCAUUCUCUAGGAGGUGGGACGGGAUCUGGUAUGGGGACACUUCUAAUCUCAAAGAUCAGAGAAGAAUAUCCGGACAGAAUGAUGAUGACCUUCUCUGUAUUUCCGUCUCCUAAGGUUUCAGAUACUGUUGUCGAACCUUACAAUGCCACACUAUCAGUUCACCAGCUUGUUGAAAAUGCGGAUGAAUGUAUGGUUCUUGACAAUGAAGCCUUGUAUGAUAUUUGCUUUAGGACACUUAAACUCACAACUCCGAGCUUUGGUGAUCUUAACCAUCUCAUUUCUGCCACCAUGUCGGGAGUUACAUGCUGCCUAAGGUUUCCAGGACAGCUCAACUCUGAUCUGAGAAAACUUGCAGUAAACCUUAUCCCAUUCCCGCGUCUUCACUUCUUCAUGGUUGGUUUUGCUCCACUCACCUCACGUGGGUCCCAGCAAUACCGCGCUCUCACUGUUCCAGAGCUCACACAGCAAAUGUGGGAUGCCAAGAACAUGAUGUGUGCUGCUGACCCACGACACGGGCGUUACUUAACCGCAUCUGCUAUCUACCGUGGAAAGAUGAGCACCAAGGAAGUUGAUGAACAGAUGCUAAACGUUCAAAACAAGAACUCGUCUUACUUUGUUGAGUGGAUCCCCAACAAUGUGAAGUCAACUGUGUGUGAUAUCCCACCAACCGGUCUAAAAAUGGCUUCCACUUUCAUUGGCAACUCGACAUCCAUUCAAGAAAUGUUUAGGCGUGUUAGCGAGCAGUUUACUGCUAUGUUCAGGAGGAAGGCUUUCUUGCACUGGUACACCGGUGAAGGUAUGGAUGAGAUGGAGUUCACUGAGGCUGAGAGCAACAUGAAUGAUUUGGUAUCUGAAUAUCAGCAGUAUCAAGAUGCCACUGCUGAUGAUGAAGGAGAGUAUGAGGAUGAAGAAGAGGGCGAGGGUGAGUAUGAGGAAUGAAUGAAGAAAAAACCGUACUGAACUUGGUUUUUGUCGUGUGUUUGUAAUCUUGACUACUGUUUAUUUGAAUUUGAAAGCUGGUUGGUUUCAUUUGUGAAAAGUUUACUAGAAUGCUGCAAGUGUUUUGAUAAAGUGAAUGUCUGUAUUAUAAGUAUGAUUUUGUACUUUUUGGGGAAUUUUUUUUCUUAAACUGAAUUUGCGUUAUUA